AUGUCGGACCUGUGGACAGAUCCGUUGUGGAGGAGAGACAAUGACCCGUGUCCGGGAGCGAACGGGACGACGAUAGGGACGACGCAGAAGUUCACGCUGCUGUGUGGGCUGAACGUGGUGGGCGAUGUGAUCAACACGCCAGACGUAGACACUUUCGAGCAGUGCGCGGACUUGUGCGCUUCGUUCCACCCAAAGUGCGAGGCUGUCUCGUUCAGCAGACGGAAGUGCGAGUUCAAGGCGAACGUCAAGGAGAGCAAGACGCACAACUCCCGGUUUACCGACGCCGCCAUGGCCAUUUUCCCCUCGGCGUCGUCGAACUGCGGCAGGCUCGGGAGGACGACGAGGUCAAACGGGAUGCAGUUCAACCUCUUCUGCGACAACGUCAUCAACGGGGACGACAUUGUGCAGAACUUUGCGCCCACCUUCCAAGACUGCCUGGACCAGUGCUCGCAAAACGACGCCUGCAAGGCCGUGUCGUACGACGCGAAGAUGACGCUGGGGUUCAAGAACUGCUACCUCAAGACCGCGAACGGCAGCAACGCUCCCCUGAGCAGCUCCGGAGUGGACACAGCCGUCUUCAACGCAGCCGCGGCGGAAAACCCUUCCCCCUCGGGCUCGGCCUCGCCAUCCGCGCAGCCCGCACCAUCCUCGACUUCUGUCGCGCCAGCCAACCCGGCCGUCUCCGACACCACCCAGGCCGCAGCCCAGCCCAGCACCACGGCCGCCGCCGUCGCGACUUCACAGCCCGUCGCGGCCACGACCUCUCCGCCGGCCGCCGCCCCCGCGGCAAGCACCAGCACAUCUUCCUCCUCCGCCGCCGCCGCAGCCGGCGGCGGCAGCUUCUUCACGCCGCCCGUGCCCGUCGUGCUGCCCCAGAGCGUCAGCACGCAGACCAUCGUCUCCAUCAUCACCAGCAUGCAGGACUCGGUGCCCACGGUCGUCUCGACGACGCAGAUCCUCACCGUGCCCGUGACGCAGACCGCCGAGGUCGCCGCGCCGCCGCCGGCGGGGGGCAUCCCGGAGACGGGGGGACCCGCGGGCGGCGCAGCGCCCACGUCGACGGCGGCGGCCGACGCCGCCGCGACAGACAGCAGCAGGGCCUGGAUCGCGGCGCCGGUCGUGGGCUCCGUCGCGGCCGUCAUGGUCAUCGCCGUCGCGUUCGUCAUGUGGGGCCGCCGGCGCAGCGCGGCGCGGUCGUCGUCCCUCUUCAGCCGGCUGCCCUUCACGCGCGCCGGCGGCGGCGGGGGCAGCAGGGGCGGCGGGGAGAAGGGCGCCUUCGGCGGCAGCCAGCGCGGGUUCGGCAACUACUGGCGGACGGGCCAGCGCCUGGCCGACGAGGAGUCGCGGGCCGGCGUCAGCAGCCAGCGGAGCACGCGGCCGCCGACGCGGCUGAGCACGCCGCAGUUUGAGGUGCACCAGGGCAAGAUCCGCGAGAGCGGCGGCGGCGGCGGGCAGUCUGGGCCGGCAUCGAAUGGGCUGGGGCUGAACAAGCCCAAUCUGGAUGGCAUUCCUAGUUUUUUGAGGGAGUGA